UGCAACUGCCUCGGCGGCGAGGAGCAGGUUUGGUUGCGAUGGCAGCAGGGCUGGGUCGGUGAGCGAGGAGGGCGCGGCGGUUGCCCGGAGCGAGCCCUGCCUGCCCGCCCUCCCUCCCUGCCUCCCGGCCCCGGGGGCCAACAUGAUGCCCUAGCAGCGCUGGGAGCCAUGUCGGAAGCGGCCCGGAGCCUCCUGCAGCGCUGGGGCGCCAGCUUCAGGAAAGGGACCGACUUCGACUCCUGGGGGCAGCUGGUGGAGGCCACCGACGAGUAUCAGAUAUUAGCGAGGCAUUUACAGAAGGAAGCUCAGUCUCAGCCUAACAAUUCAGAAUUCACAGAAGAUCAAAAGAAAACCUUAGGUAAAAUUGCAACAUGCUUGGAACUCAGGAGUGCAGCAUUGCAGUCUACACAGUCCCAGGAGGAAUUUAAGCUAGAGGAUCUGAAGAAACUAGAGCCGAUCUUAAAGAAUAUUUUUACCUACAAUAAAGAAUUCCCCUUUGAUGUUCAGCCUGUUCCACCAAGGAAGAUCUUGGCACCUGGGGAAGAGGAAGACUUAGAAUUUGAAGAAGAUGAGGAGGAGGGCGGGGCUGGAGCAGGAUCUCCAGAUACAUUUUCUGCCAGAGUUCCAGGCAUGGCUUCAUCGUGUAACCAUGUUCUACAUCAUUCAUCCAACCCAGGAGCCAAUGAAGGUACUUUAUUACCCCAAUUACCAUCUGAACCCGGGAUGACAUUACUUACCAUCAAAAUAGAGAAAAUUGGUCUUAAAGAUGCAGGACAAUGCAUUGAUCCCUACAUCACAGUUAGCGUGAAAGAUCUCAAUGGAAUAGACCUGACUCCUGUGCAGGACACCCCCGUUGCUACAAGGAAAGAGGACACAUACAUUCAUUUCUGUGUGGACAUUGAAAUUCAGAGACAUGUUGAAAAACUAACAAAAGGUGCAGCUAUUUUCUUUGAAUUUAAACACUAUAAACCUAAGAAAAGGUUCACCAGUACCAAAUGCUUUGCCUUCAUGGAAAUGGAUGAAAUUAAACCUGGACCAAUGGUUAUAGAACUAUACAAAAAACCAACUGACUUCAAGAGGAAGAAACUUCAGUUGCUGACCAAGAAGCCACUUUAUCUUCACCUUCAUCAAACACUGCACAAAGAGUGACUUGUGAACUGAACUGCUUGGCACAGAAUCGUAGUAGCUGCCUAUGUAGCACUCAUCCUUCAGCAGCUAGGAAGAAUGGCUGCCUUUUACCCAGCUGGUCAAAGGGGACCAUCAUGGUGCUGCACAACAGUGGAUCAGCAGCUGUGUCCCAGCAUCGAAGUCCAGUUUUCUUUGGAAUGUAUAUUUUUUAUUACAGAUGUUCCAAAGUGUAUUGUGAAUUCUUCAUAACUGGACUAGUUGUGUGUGUUCCGUUUUGUAAUUGUUUCUACACUUGCAUCAGAACCUCUAAAGUGGUUGAGAAGUCAUCAUCUCCCCAAUCAGAUACAGCAAUAAAGAUGUGCCAGUAUCAAACUUUUAA